AGCGCUUUGUAUCCUACACCGGCAGCGGUUUUAAUGGCAGAGGAGAGGCGAGGCUGGCACCUGGGCGGAUUUCCACGGGGGUCCCAACGGAGAGGUUUUUAAACUGAGGCGUGAGCGAGGGCCACCUAGAGAGGCAUUAUGGACUCCUGCCUGCGAGGACCCCUAGGUGGCGCCAUUUUGGAGUCGCAGCGGGUUGAGGAAGCGCUGUCUCUUCCGACCCCAUCCCCGGCCGGCGCCCCUCGUCCCGCUCCGGCCUCCAGGAUGAGCGUGGUGGAGCAUGUGCGGGAGAUGGCGGCUGCCGGGCUCCACUCCAAUGUGCGGCUCCUCAGCGGGCUCCUGCUCACCAUGAGCGGCAACAACCCUGAGUUAUUCUCGCCAUCACAAAAGUACCAGCUUCUUGUAUAUCAUGCAGAUUCCCUCUUCCAUGACAAGGAAUAUAGGAAUGCUGUAAGUAAGUAUACAAUGGCCUUGCAGCAGAAGAAAGCAUUAAGUAAAACUUCAAAAGUAAGACCCUCUACUGGGAAUGCUGCAGCCACUCCACAAAGUCAGUGUCUGCCAUCUGAAAUUGAAGUGAAAUACAAGAUGGCUGAAUGUUACACAAUGUUGAAGCAAGAUAAAGAUGCUAUUGCUAUAUUAGAUGGAAUUCCUUCAAGACAGAGAACCCCCAAGAUUAACAUGAUGUUGGCAAAUUUGUACAAGAAGGCAGGUCAAGAACGCUCAUCUGUUACCAGUUACAAAGAAGUGCUGAGACAGUGUCCAUUAGCACUCGAUGCCAUCCUAGGUUUGCUGUCACUUUCAGUAAAAGGGGCAGAAGUGGCUUCCAUGACGAUGAAUGUUAUUCAGAGCAUCCCUAACUUGGACUGGCUUUCAGUGUGGAUCAAAGCAUAUGCAUUUGUGCACACUGGAGAUAAUACUAGAGCAAUCAACACCAUCUGCUCAUUAGAAAAAAAGUCUCUACUGAGGGAUAAUGUGGACCUUUUGGGUAGCUUAGCAGACCUGUACUUCCGAGCUGGAGAUAAUAAAAACUCGAUUCUGAAAUUUGAGCAGGCACAAAUGCUGGAUCCUUAUCUGAUAAAAGGAAUGGACGUAUAUGGUUACUUACUGGCACGUGACGGUCGACUGGAGGAUGUGGAGAACUUGGGCUGCCGUCUUUUCAAUAUUUCUGAUCAGCAUGCAGAACCAUGGGUGGUGUCAGGGUGUCACAGUUUCUACAGUAAGCGAUACUCCCGUGCCUUGUAUUUAGGAGCCAAAGCUAUUCAGCUGAAUAGUAAUAGUGUUCAAGCUUUGCUGCUGAAAGGGGCUGCUCUUAGAAAUAUGGGACGAGUACAGGAGGCAAUUAUACAUUUCCGAGAAGCAAUACGCCUUGCACCUUGCAGGCUUGACUGUUAUGAAGGCCUCAUUGAUUGUUAUCUGGCAUCCAACAGUAUCCGUGAAGCAAUGGUUAUGGCUAACAAUGUGUACAAAACCCUAGGAGCAAAUGCACAGACGCUUACUCUGUUAGCAACAGUCUGUCUUGAAGAUCCAGUCACACAAGAGAAGGCAAAAACCUUAUUAGAUAAGGCACUGACACAGAGACCGGAUUACAUUAAAGCAGUGGUAAAAAAAGCGGAGCUUCUUAGUAGAGAACAGAAAUAUGAAGAUGGAAUAGCUUUGUUGAGGAAUGCACUGGCCAAUCAGAGUGACUGUGUUCUGCAUCGAAUACUGGGUGACUUUCUUGUAGCAGUCAGUGAAUAUCAAGAAGCCAUGGACCAGUACAGUAUUGCCCUAAGUUUGGAUCCCAAUGAUCAGAAGUCUUUAGAAGGAAUGCAGAAAAUGGAAAAAGAGGAGAGUCCAACAGAUGCAACCCAGGAAGAGGAUGUGGAUGACAUGGAGGGAAGUGGAGAAGAAGGGGAUUUGGAGGGUAGUGAUAGUGAAGCAGCACAGUGGGCAGAUCAAGAACAAUGGUUUGGCAUGCAGUGAAGAUUUUACUUAAACUGAUAGGAGUUUCAGUUCUUGAAUGUGCCCUGAGAUCCAUUGUUCUCUGAAGGAAGAACGUCACCUGCAAUUUUUGUAUUAACAAAGUGGACUGCAUUAAAAACAACUGACUCUGAAACCAUUUAAUAAUUCUGUGCAUCACAGUUCUGUCAUUUUUGUGAUGCUUCCUAUUUAUCAGUUAUAAGAUUGAGCUGAACCAUGCUGGAGAUUUGUAAGAGUGGCUUAGUCUUUUCUUGCUAAAGCUAGAAUCUUGAGUAUAAAGCAUUUCAUACAAUAUACCUAUUGCUAGUGCCUAAAAUGUCAAAAUUUGGUUCAAAACUAAGUAGUCUUGAUCCUUAGCUAUAGAUGUAAAUACAAAAGUGUGGUGGGUUUUUUU